AUGUCAAAAGCACUAACAGUUCUCAAAGUGUUUUUUUCGCUUGUGUCUAUAAAUUCUACACAGGAUCCCCCUUUGACACGUGUAGAGCGGGUUUACGUCGGACAAGCAUUCCGGAUUUCUUUUCUUGAAUACUUUGAAGACGUUAUUAAAGGUGAUCCAAAGGAGCUUCAGUUUGAAAUGAACAUAAACAACAACUGGAUGAAGUUUGACGACAGACCUGAAAAAAUUGAGGUGUAUGGUUUUCCAUUGAAAGGAAAUGCACACAAUUUUGAUUACAAUAUCAAGGUCAAGAAUUCCACCGAGGCAUUACUACACGAGAUUACAUUAAAGCUCUUGGUGGGGGAAAAUGGAUUCAGAGAUGCUCUUAACUUUACAAACAAGUACAGUCACGAAGUGAUCUUAAAGACAGGAAUUGAGUUUAAUUACCAUCGGUUCAUGACAAGGGUGGAUUUGAGGAUUGACUUUGUUAGGAAACUGGCAGAUUACUGCUUCAACAAAGAACCUACCUCCGUCUGGAUCAAAGAUUUUGACAAAGACACCAAGGAAUUGACAGUUGUAUUUGUUAAUAUUGGUUACUAUCCUUGCCAUAAAGAAACAUACAGGGAACUUAGAUCACGUUUGGUCGAUAAAAACUCAAAGAUCCAAGAAGAAUUUCAAAGAGCGCUGACCGGAAAAUUUCCGAUAGAGAGCGUUCAGUUUAGGUUUUUUGGCGCUUGUGACAAAAACUUGUUGGAACCAGAAGACAGCUCUUUUUCUUGGGGCAUUCUAAAACAUUUCGCGCCUCUUGCUAUUAUUUUUGCAGUUGUAGGAAUUCCAGUGACUAUUUCAAUUUUAGUAAAGAGACACAUACGUAGAAAUAAACGUCCAGCGCAGGAGGAAAGGCUGCCUCGAACGCUGCGAAGAAGAAAUGAGGACGGGACGGAGUGCACAUCGCAUACUGUUCAUUUCAACAAUCGUUAUCCUUCGAUGCUGUCACCCUCAAAUAACUCUAGAGAAGAAAAUGUUGGAGAUGAAGAGAAGGUCCACAACGGGAAGGCAAAAAUUGCGAAUGGAAGCCUUGGAGGUGGGCAUUUGACCGUGCCCAACGCACAUCUAAGUCGACCCAAGCAGGGAGCAAGCGCGACAAACGCAGGAAAAAAUAAGAAAAAUCCGUUUAAAUUUGCAUCCAAUGAAGAAAGGGCGAAAUUUGACGUACGUGCCAUGUGGGACGAUGAUGAUGAUGACGAUGAAGAGCCUUUAGAGAUUCCCACAUAUUACACUUACAGGAACACCGAUGAAGGUGAGACUUCAAUGUUCGAUGCCGUGCUAGACAUGAAUUUGUCUGACAUUGCUGAAAACAUUUCCGCCAGGCUGAAAGGUGUAAAGUCUAUGUUGAACAUCCAAGAGGAUACCACCUCGCAGCAUCAUCAACCGACCCAUCAAUCGACAAAUUCUGGGCCGAGCUUGUCAUCGAGACUGAAGGGACUGGGGAAGUCAAUGCUUAACGUUUCUUUGACAACGAACGGGCCCGAUGUGACUGCGGGCCCAUCUUCAGGUGAAUCAGCGACGCCUUCUCUUUCCAGCAAACUUCGGGAUUUUGGAAAAUCCAUGUUGAAUAUUUCAAUUGGCACGGAAAAUGAAAAGAUGGACGCGAAGACUAGAUGGGAAGUAGAAGAAGAUUCUUAUGAGGAUUCUUAUGAAGAAAGUUAUUCUUACUACAAUCCUCGGGAAUGCGAUGAUGCGAAAUCCAAACAGCAUGUCUACAGUAGCGCUUGGGAAGGUUACGCCGAUCAUACACGAGCUAGAGAUUGCUGUGAAGUACGACAUGGCUACGAAGAUUCACGACAAGGGUACGAUGAAGCCCGACCAGGUUACGAUGGCGAAGAGCGAUAUUACGAUUCAAAUGCUAAACAAAGCUUUGAUUUUGUGCAGGACGGCCGUUCGGAAAUGGGUUUUGUUCGUAAUUUUAAUCGUCGACUUAGCAGCACUUCGGGUAACACUUCUGAGUAUGAACUUGCGCAGUACAAUUUCCCUGUUCGUUAUGAUGUUUCAACUGCGAAAUACCAACACACUAAAAAAGAUUCUCUUGAAAGUAAUAGCCGUGCUACCAGACCGUCUUCCAGGGAGGACGAUUUUGAUGAAUAUCCGCCAUCAUUAUUUGAAACCUCGAGCGAGACCAGUCUUGCAAAUGAACAAGAAAAAUCCAUUUUUGAUACUGAUUAUGAUCUCGCUUCGACAGACAAUAGGCCUAGUGUUACUAAACCGGUUCCUAUCUGGAAUCACAACUCGAUCAGUAAGGCAAGGGAAGGUCUUAAUGACGUCAAAUACCACGAUUACAUUAACCCACAUCAGUACAGCAAUGGUCCCAGGCAUGUCUCCACUCGAAGCAAAUCAUCGUGCAAUAUACAAGGAAACAGCAGCGUUUCUAGCCAAUCAACGCUUGACUUCUGGGACGAUGACGAAUUUGGCGGGAACACAGGCUGGAAGCAGUCCUCGGAUAUGAAGAGCAGUUUUUUAGCGACCAUAGCAAAUUCGGUGCCUGAUUUGAGGCGUGGGGUGAGGAAGACCAAUGGCACAAUACCACAGAAGAAAAAUCAACAGGGAAACUCGCUUCUUUCCAAUGUAAAAUCUUCACUAUCGGGGGAAAAACCUCCUGUUGUUUUUACACUUGGUGAUAGUGACCAAGAAGAAGAAGAAGUACCACAAAAGACACAGCAGAAACAACAGCUACCCGAAAGGAAAAGCUCUUUGGUCGGUAUGAUCAAGACGGGUGUUAGCAGCAUACUUGAGCCUGAUAGCAGUGUAUCAAAGUGGUUUUCUGGUUUUCAAAACAGCGACAAUCCUGUCACGUAG